AUGGACAACGUGAAAUCGCGCAGCGAGGACGAGGAUGAAGAGCUACACUCAACAGAUCCAGAGAGUAAGGAGAAGAGCAAAGACAGAAAGUCCCUGUGCAAGGUCAAAUGGUCUCGAGAUGAGGAUGAAAAACUAAAAAAACUAGUAGAACAACAUGGAACUGACUCCUGGAAAAUAAUUGCCAACCUUUUUCCAGGGAGAACAGAUGGCCAAUGUCAGCACCGCUGGCAGAAGGUGCUCAACCCAGAACUGGUGAAAGGACCUUGGACAAAAGAGGAGGAUCAGAAGGUUAUAGACCUUGUACGCAAAUAUGGUCCCAAGCGCUGGUCAGUUAUUGCUAAGCACCUCCAUGGGAGAAUCGGAAAGCAAUGCCGUGAGCGAUGGCACAACCACCUUAACCCUGAGGUGAAGAAGUCUUCAUGGACCCAGGAAGAGGACCGGAUCAUCUAUGAGGCCCAUAAACGGCUGGGCAACCGCUGGGCUGAGAUCUCCAAGCUCCUGCCUGGACGGACAGACAACUCCAUCAAGAAUCACUGGAACUCCACCAUGAGGAGAAAAGUAGAGCACGAGGGCUACCUACAGGAGGGCUCCAGGGCUAUCCCCUCCUCUCAAGGCGGAGUGAAGAGACGCCACCACAGACCCUGUCCUCCCCCACUACCCGACCCCCAGCAUUGUGACCAUAGUCCGCUGGCCAUCCCAGGACCCAUCCAGAUGGGGGGAUAUGCCUAUGACUCUCACGGUGGACACUUGCUGGACAGCCUCCUCGAUUCCUCAGGCUUCUUAUCGCCGUCCUGCCUGGAUGACCCAGACAAAGAGCAAAGAAUUAAGGAGCUUGAACUGCUGCUUAUGUCAGCAGAGAAUGAAGUCCGACGACAAGUGCAGUGCAGAGGUCCAUGUAGCAUAGAGCACUAUUCAGCCUGGUCUGACAGUGUGGCAGAUGACACCCUGACCACAAGCAGCAGCAGCCUGGAGGAGCAAAAAGAAGGAAUGCCUUGGAGGGGCCCUGAGGUCCCCCAGGGGCCCCCAGGACAGCUCCCUGUCUCCCCCAGCAAGUUCCUGGCUGUGGAGGCCAACACCGUGCUCUCAACUUUGCAGACUAUACCCGAGUUUGCAGAGACCAUGGAGCUCAUUGACUCGGACCCUGCGGCCUGGGGUGAAGUGGCAAGCUUCGAUGUGUCUGAGACAGUGACGCCCUCCAGGCAGAUUCAGGGAGGAUACGCCAGCCUGCCACAAGAGAGGACAGUUGAUGAUGCACACAGCUACACAGUCAGCCCCGUGUCUUCAAUCUCCAGCCAUGACAGGCACUGCCCACCGUUUGGCCUUGAUAAAGCCAACCCCCUCACACCCAUCAACACAUCCAAACCCACACAGGCGUCCAUCGGGAGGAGAAAGAGAAGAGAGAAGGGGGAACAAUCCCCCAUGUGCGAAAGGAACUGUCAAACCUUCCUGGAAAAUGUCACAAACUCCCCCAAGAAAACGCCCACAAAAUCGCUGCCUUUCUCCCCGUCACGGAUGUUCAACAUAUCAGGGGCUGAACAUCUGAGCCUGGACAACCCAGCCCUCACUUCCACCCCUGUGUGUAGCCAGAAGUGUUUCCUAAACACGCCCCUCCAUAAAGAAACCACACCCAAGCACCAGAAAGAGAACGCCGGUUCCAGGACUCCAAAAUUUCGCAAGAUGGUUAUGAUACCAGCUCCCCGGACACCGACUCCAUUCAAAAAUGCUCUUGCUGCCCAGGAGAAAAUGCACGGACCGGUGAACAUGGAACCCCAGCCACUGGCAUUUCUAGAGGAGGACAUCCGCGAGGUUUUAAAGCAGGAGACUGGAGCUGACAUCUUCAACAGGACAGACCCCCAGCCUGAAUACAGGACAUGGAAACACAAUAUGGAUGGCCCAGCUAGGAAGGUACGGAAAUCUUUGGUGCUGGACCCCUGGGGCAAGGAGUGCCUCAACGUGCAGCUCUUCCCAGAACAGCUCAACAGUGAACAGGUGACCAGUGAGUGGGAAGCGGUGGUUUAUGGGAAAACGGAGGACCAGCUGAUCAUGACAGAGCAGGCCCGUCAGUACCUGAACCCCUACCCGUCCUCCGGCUCUACCUCAAGGGCCCUCGUGCUUUGA